GAAACCUUGGGAGCUGGACUAUGUGGGUGGCCUUGGAAACAUACCUACAGCUCCAGGAGGCGUUCGGCUGGGCAGCCUUUAAGAAAGUGUUCGCCGUCUACCACGACAUGAGCAUCGUGCCCGGGGACAACAAGGGCAAGAUGAACCUGUACAGCAAGACCUUCUCCAUGGCCGUGGAGCACAACCUGUGUGCCUUCUUCAAGGCCUGGGGCUGGCCCAUAGAGGCCGCCACUGAGGAGGAGCUGUCCAAGCUACCUCCGUGGACCAACCACCCCAUGGCUCGCUAUCAGUGAACCUUCCUAUUGCCUCUGAAGAAGAGACCAUCCGUCAAGGAUGGACGGCUUUGUUGUGGGACUCAAAGGCUUCUAUCCAUUUCCUUUUUAAUUGCUAUUGCACCAGUGGCGGUCGGUUAGAUGGC